AUGUUUCUGAACCACUCAAUAGGAGUGAUGGCCAUAUCACCGACAAAAACCGUAGUCGUAGAAUUUCUGUCGAUUCUCCAGGCAAUCCCAGAACCAUCCACAAUUAUGUCAACCGGUAGGUGUUGCGAGUCUGCUCCGUGUCAUCCAUUCAUUCGAUGCCCUAACGUUUCAAGUCGCCAAUUAUAUCCCACCACACCCUACUGCCUUAGUUAUUCAUUCCAUACACAUCUUGUUGGCCAUACAAGAAGCCCAGCCGUCCAGAUCUCGAGUAACGAUUCUACAAUUGAAGCCGCCCAGAGUCUUGAGGGAGGCCAUCCACUUUUAUAUGUUCAUCCAUAA